AUGUUCGGAGCAGUCUGUUCAGGAAGACCAAUACAAUUGGCAAACCAAGUUGAGCCAACAAAAUACGUGAUCACAGUGUCAAACGCAUCAAAUAUAUCCCAUAUUGCAAUAUUCCUUCUACCUCAAACAGAGUUCACCGACACCAAUUUCACAGCGUUGGUGUAUUUUCAAUUACCAAACACACAGGAGUUCAAGCUAUUAGGCGGAUUGAACCCUGCCAAGCCAUCGGCUAUAUAUAAACUUAGUAAUGGCAGCAAAACGUCCGAAUCAAGCACCCAAUUGGACGAUGUUGAGAUGAGCGUCGAUGCCGAUGGUAAUGCCGGUGGUGAUGCAACCAUAAAUAUAGGUAUUUCAAUUGAACCAACCCCCCAGGCCGAGGCACUUUUAAUUCAAGAACGUCAGAAACAAGCGGGAACUUCGCAAUCGCUCGUUCCUGCUACCAUUGCAAAUGCACCCUCUGCAUUAAAGAACCCUAAUGAUAUUGCAUCUUUGGCUAACAAAAUUGUCACCCACGCCUACAAUUUUUUGGGCAGUUUUAUUGACGAGUCGGGCAAGGUCCCCAUGAAGGCCUUCAAUAACUGGUGGGACAAGUUCAAAGCUAAACUCGCAAACAACCCCGGCUUUUUAGACGAGUUACAGGAGAACUAG